AUGCGCCUAGCACUGGCAGAGCUGGUGGCGGGGCCGCUGCUGGAACGCGCGGCGUGCCUGUUCCCUACAGGCUUGCUGCCGCCGCUGUGUGCCACGGUGUGCUGCCAGCUGCAGGACGCGUACGCAGAUGUAAAGAAGGCGGCGUGCAAUGCUGUGACCAGCCUGGCAGGCCUGGCCUCGCCUGAUGCUCUGCUGCCGGCAUUGAAGGACCCGCUGGUGCUGGCCCUGGCGGUCAACUUGGGGCACCAGCACAGCCGGGUGCGGCUGGCCAGCCUGCAGGCAUUGCAUGCCAUGGUGCAGCACGGCGUGCCGCUGGCGCUGAUGCAGGAGAGCGUGCUGCCGGCAGUGCGGCCGCUAGCGCACGACCAUGCCCCCGCUAUUCGGGCAGUGCUGUUCAGCUGUAUGGCUCAGUGGGCUGGCAGCCAGCUGCCAGGCAGCGGUGCUGUUGAUGCGACUGAUGACGGCCGGGCCGCCAACCAGUGUCGCAAAUUCCUGCCGCUGCUGCUACCGCUGCUGCUGCUGGGCGUGACGGAUGAGGUGGAGGCCAUCCGCAGCGACACCUAUGGCCAGCUGGAAGUCCUUGGCGCCCGCAUGGCCAGCCAGGAGGCCUCGUCCAGCAAGCUGCCCAGCUCCAUGGCGGUGGACCAGCUGCAGCCGCUGCCGCUGCCCGGUUACUGGCACCCCUUCUCGUCUGGUCCACCCUCGCUUGCUGCACGCUGGGUGGUGCAGUCGCAGCUCACCGGCCUGCUGCAGCAGGCCUUGUCGGAGCUGUGUGAAUGGACAGGUGUCGCCGCACAUGCUGUGGGCUGCGUGCAUGGCCACGAGCGGUGGACACAUACGCAUCCCGACUGGCGCUCUCUGUCGGCGCUUCUCAGGCUGUGCAACAGCAGUGCACUGUUGCAGCUAUGGCCACAGGCGCUGCCAGCGCUGUCAAACAUAGCGACCAGCCACGAGCGCGACCCCCGCAUCAGGCUGGAGCUGUUUCAACUGCUGACAGCACUGCUGGAGGAUGGCAGCAAGGCUGAUGCCUGGUGGCAGGCGGAAGCAGGGCAGCUGAUGGUGCGCCACCUGCUGAUGCCUGGCCUGGUGUGGAGGGCAGGCCGGGUGCCGGCAGCUGUGCGCUAUGCGGCGCUCACCGCUCUGGCCAUGCUGCUGUCCCGGCAGCGCCUGCCGCCAGACCAGCUGGUGGAGGUGGCGGGCAAGGGCGGGGAGGCUGCAGCAGCCCCAGGGGCCAGCGGUGCAGGGCCCUGCGUGCCAUCAGCAGCAGCAGCACGAGAAGGGCUGCUGGCGAGGGUUGCGGGUUGCCUGGACGAGGACUAUGAACCAGGCACUCGCCAGCUGGCGUGCCACGUGGUGGAGCUGCUGCUGAGCUCAGUCGGGCCCCAGCUCCCGCUGCACCAGCUUGAAGCACUGCAGCCCGACCUGCUGAAGCGCCUGGACGACAGCAGCAACGGCGUGCGGGUGGCAUCCUGUGCCGCCCUCCGCCCUUGGCUGCGCAGCAUGCUGGCGGCAGGGGGCCUGUCGGAUGCCGACGCCUCGAGCCUGGCCAGCAGCAUGCUGAUUCAUCUCAAUGACCCUGAUGACAGAGUGGCAGAGGCAGCAUGUGCAGUGCUGGAGGAGCUGGCGUUAGCACGGAUAAGCGUUGUUAGGCCUCUGGCCCAGGCUAUGGCGACGCGGCACCCGCCGCCGGACACCUUCCUGGCCCGCGUGCUGGAUGCCUGUGCCGUGUGAGCUGCAAGAUGUGUUUUUUCCAGUUUGGCAAGAAGACGGCAAGGU